AUGGCCGAGUACAGGCAUGGCCGCUCCGGCAGCGUCAAGAUCAACGCUGCCGCUGCUGGCGAUGCCGCCAACCCCGCAGCCACCACCUCCCAGCAGGGCGGCCGCUUUGAAGGCCCGCGCAGCCCCCCAAACACAUCUCAUGUUCCAUGCAAGUUCUUCCGCCAGGGCGCCUGCCAGGCAGGCUCUGCCUGUCCCUUCAGUCACGACCUGGGCAACGCCGCCGAAACCGUCUGCAAAUACUUUGCUAAGGGCAAUUGCAAGUUCGGUCCCAAAUGCGCCAACGUCCACAUCCUCGCCGACGGACGACGCAUCAACUACGGCAAGAAUGGCAUCUCGAUUGCUCCCGCGCUUCACCUCGGCAACCGAGUGAAUCCCGCCGCGUACAACUCUUCGAAUCAGAGUGCCCUGACACACUCGUUCCUCCGUGCCGAUGCUGCCCCAAGUUAUGCCGACAUCUAUGGCUAUCCAGCUGGGCCCACAGAUGGUUACCAGGACCUCGAGGGUCGUUCGGGCAUUGAGAACGGCAUCCCCACCAUUGACGGGCCCUUUGCGCAGAUAAGCUCGCAGUAUGGAUCGCCAAGGGACGAAGAUGCUUCCAGGUUCGGAUUGGGACUGUCGCCACUGGCUGCGAAGGGCCUGUCGGUGCUAGAUGCUCCGCUGCCUGCAUCCUUUGAUUCCAAUGGAGUCUCCCAUGCCGCUCGCCACCCUGCCGGCCCGUUCCCGUCCUCCGUACCCUCGCAAUUUGGCAUCGAUUCCCCCUCACCUUCCCUCACAGCACAGAGAGAUGGCCGCACCUCGGAAGCAUUGAAGCUUUUGCACCACUCAGCAUUUGGCGGCAGUGAUCGCCUCUCUGCCACCGUCACCCCGUCAUCGCCGCCUAGCCACACGCCGGACGAAUACUUUGGGAAGAGGCCCAUGCACUCCAGCCGUUUCGCCAAGCCCAAAAUGCUUAGUAGCAGCGCCCCUCGUUCCAACAUCGACAGGGAUUGGGAGUCCGACUUCUCGUUUCUGGAGGAAGACUACGUGCCGGACAACCUAAGGGAUCUGCUCACACCCGCCGAGAAGGCCCGCCGAGGAUCAAGAGCCGCCGAAGACGAAGCCAUGAACCGCCCCGGCGCCUCACCUGCUCUCACUGGCCUGAACACGCCGAGCGGAGAUAUCUCUGCACUGAAGUUCGGAAGUCCGCUGGCCUCGAGCCCUGGUAGAUGGGGUCCGUCAUCUUUCCACCGCCCGAUCGAGGAUGCCGAAUCACGACGGCAGGCUGCGGCAGCCAGUGCCGGCGCCUUUGGGCAUGUCGGUAGCCCACUCCGCAAUUCAAGUCUCAGCUCGUCCAUGUCGCACUUACACAACGCCAAAGCGGGAGGCAUAGAGGGUGGCGUGGGCGCGUUAUCUCAACAACUGCAACGGACCCGGAUCGACGGCGCUGGUGGAGAGUCGCCCAGGCUACACCCACACUCGCACCUGGCGCGGCCCGCGAAUGGCCGCUCCGGCGAGAGGCACGUGAGCAGCUCGUCGAUAAGCUCGAGUGCUCGCUACACGACCCCGAUCGGCGAGGAAGACGGCGAGUUUGUCUUUGCCAUGGACGAGGAUGGCGACCGGGACAGCACGAUCCGGGCUCGCAAGCGGCAAUCGGGCGUGGGCACAGUAGCCAACAUCUGGGGCACUAGCUAUGCCGGUGUGGUUGGUGGUGGCGCGAGCAAGAAGGACGACAAUACCACCAGUUCAUCAAGGACUGCCAAAUGA